AUGCCCUUCGACUGUCACGCCCGGCCCCACGCCCACAGGCCGGGCGCAGAACGAGAAGGCAGCGCCCACGCCCGGCCGGGUGUCUCCCAGCUCACACCUCACCGAGCCCCACGGCCCGACCCCGCCAAAUCACCGCUGCCCCCGGCCCUGCGAUCACGGAGCCCGGGCCGCCCCUCGCCCACGACACCCCGGCCCCGUCCAGGCUCACGAAGCACCCGCCGCAAACCUGUCCAACUCAGCAGCCCGCCGCUCUCGUGCGCUUCUCGCUUCCGGGUGACAGCACAGCGUAGGCGCGUGCCUCAGGGGACAUCCCCGGGGCUGUCCCCCGGGAAGCGGCGGCCACAGACCAGGACGCGUCCCCCGCCCGCCUGCCCUCCGACAGCGCCCCGGCGCCGGAGCAGCCCCGACGGCGCACAGCGGCCACAAAGAGCCCAGCGCGGGCCCGCCCCUUCCGCUCGCUCGCGCGCGUCUGACCCCCCCCGUCGGCCCCGCCCCUUCCGCUCGCACCUGCUGCUCGCCAUCUCCGACGGGAGCGAACCUGUGCAGCGGCCCCGCGGCCGCCCCGACCCCUGUGCGCCCCAUCGCACCCAGCUGGCUGCCCGGACUCGGGCUCCAGGCGCGCCGUCGAGCCACUCAGAGGUGACUGAAGUACCCUAUGUGCACCCCCGGCUCACCCUGCUAGCCGUAGGCAUUGGCCGUGGUCAUGAGCUGCUGCCGGCGUUACCAGUCACACCGCCCGCACAGCUGAUGCUGCUCCUAGGCCCCGGCGGGCUCUGCUAG